GGUAACGGGCGCGCCAGCCCCGACCCCUGUCCGGAGCCUCCCACGCCCCGCCGGGUUCUCGUGGCUCCGCUCGCGGACCGCCGCCCGCGGGGAAGCGCUGCCUGCGGAGCCGGCUCACGGGGACGUUUCUGGGGCACGUGUGUUAGUGCAGAGAUCCCGGGAAUGCAGCGGUCCCGGAGCGGUUUGGGGAGCGGGAGGGCCCCGGUCCCGCGGCUGGGCAUUGCCGGAUCCCUCACCGGCGGCGUUUGUCGCACCUGCGUCUCGGGCUACUGUUGAAAUUCGGUGUGACGGGAGAGGCUUUGCCCUGCCAAAGCAGGGUCUGCUCUCCGGCCACGGCUGUGGUUGGGUUUAUCCUCCGGGAUGUUGUCGGGGCUGAUCCGGCUCUUCCAUGGAUCCCGGCACACAGGCAAUGGAUUCUCCCUAUGCCAACGGAGCCUACAGCCCCCCAUACCCGCAUUAUGCCAGCCUGCCGCAGGCACGGGGCUUCUACUGCUCGGGGCCCCCGCGGAGCCCCUACGCCACGGAGCCCACGGGCCUCUACCGGCCCCCGUCGCCCGCUCCCGCCUGGAGCUACGUCCCCCCAGAGUGUCCCAGCGAGGGCUCCGCGCUCCGCAGGCAGCAGGUCCCUGGCUACUCCCCGCCACAGACCCCGGGAAUGCCGAUCCCGCAGUAUCCGUACGGAGACAGCAGUGCAGGGGUCACGGGGCAGGGCCCUGUGCCACAGCCCAGAGCCCCGGAGGACGCCUGGGGCCCCCCCUCUGUCUAUGGGGUGCAGCCACGUUACGCCUGGCCCGCGGCCUCGGGGCACGGCAGCUUCUACGCCUCCGAUUCACACCCGUCCUGGACCGGCAGUGGGGCUCCUUCCCACCCUCCCACCUGGGAGUCACAGGGACAGGACUCUGUCUACGACAGAUCUGAGCAAAGCCCAAACCAACACAGUUACUAUUCUGAUGUCAACCACCGGCACUCGGGGACAGUGAACGAGCACAGGAUGGCCAAGCCCGCGCCGUCCCAGCCCCGGGUGCAGUACAGUGCCCAGCCCCAGCUCUAUGACCUCGCUCCACGGAAGCCCGUGGCCGGGAGCCGGGAGCUGGGCUUCAAACCUGCUGAGCAGCCUUCCACAAAUCCUGCAGCCAUCCAGCCGGAGAUUCAGAGGAUCCUCCACGUGAUGGGGGAGGCUGAACAGCUGGAGGAAGAGGUGGAUGAAUUUGUAGGGAAAAAGACAGAUAAAUCCUACCGGCUCCUGGAGGAGAUGUUGACCAAGCUGCUGCUGGAGCUGGAUUCCAUUGAGACUGGGGGCCAGGACAGUGUCCGGCAGGCCAGGAAAGAGUCCGUCCACAGAAUUCAGGCCAUACUGGAAAAACUGGAAAGAAAGGGAUUGUGAAAGUACAUGAGCCACAACACACAGCCUGUUGUUGAGGUUCCAAAGAGUUUCAGUUCUCUUAAAUCUCAGCUCUUUCUGCUACGCACUAUUGACAAUGGAAUAGCAAUAAGCCCUGAGUUAAAUCAAACCCACCAAAAAGCCACCCCAGAAGCCCAGCCCUGACAAACAACUCAGCAAAGGACAAAUUGAGAGAGGUUUGAAGCAGGAACAGUAUUUAAUGAAGAUGUUGAAGAGAACUGGGCCAAGGAUGGAGCCCUGUGGGGUUAUGUACAGAGUUCCCCAGACUAGGCCCAGUCUCUGGGUGCCUCCUACAGCCACAGUCAGUCUUUAAACACUUGUCAGAUGUGCUGCAAUGUGCAGCCAUCAACCGAGACUCUCGGCUUGUCCUCACUGCCUGUAUUUUCAGCUUCAGCUCCCUUGCCAUAAACCCCGUGUGUCCUCAUGGGGGUUGUUUGGGUUUAGUGCACUCAAGGAGUAACACUGAAGUGCUGGAGGUAGGGACUGCGCUGGCACAUCUCACGUCAUGCUGUUCUUCUUCUGUGGUGCAGAGCCAGUGUGGGGUGUCCCUGUGGGCAUGGGAACAGACUGGAAAUCCCAGUUCUGCCACUGGAAAGGAGAAGUGCAAGUCGAGGAAAGAACAGAUGCAGAAUGCUUGGAAGUGAUUUCCAGGUCACUUGGGUCAAAAUCCCCUGUUCAACUCACUGCUGUGUGUGACACUUAAUAAACUCUGACAAGUUUUAAAUGUUAUUUUGUAA